AUGGAAGGAGUCUUUGCUGGGCUUCUGAAGCAGCUGGAGGCUGAGGCCCUGCAUCAACACAACACCCUGGAGAUACACGACACACACAACAUACACCACACGCUGGAGGCUCUUGACACGCUGGACACACAGGACAUCUACAACACUGUGGACACCCUGCGACUGACCUGUCCACCAGACUACACCCUGACCCUGAGACGCUCCCCUGACGAUGUGCCCCUGAUGACUCCCAGGUCUCUGCCCAUGACCCCUGGCUCUCACCCCGCCACCCCCAUGACCCCCAUGACACCUGGAUCUGUUGUGGGGAUGCAGCCCAUGCAGGGCUUUAGUCCUUACAGUAACACACACUUGCCCCAUACGCACACGCACACACACCCCAACACACACACACACGCCACCACACGUGUAUAACCACAGACAGAGAUGGAGCAGGACAGUUUCUCCAGUCCAACUAAGACGACGAUCCAGUCUGCCAUGUUGCAUGUGUAGAACACAGAGGGAGUGGAAGUGAUGAACUCUGAGAGAGGGAGUAAUGUGCAUCAGUAAAUGGAACAUUAUGAAUGGGAACAUCCAGAAUGGCUGCCAAUAUGGUCCAUACAUCAUGGAAACAUUGCUUGUCUAUAAGCUGCAUCAAAAAUGGUCUGGGUUGCCGUGUGACUUGCUCUGGAGUGGUGCUUCUGGGUUGUGCAGAUCAGAUCAGACUACUAACUGAACCACUCUGGGAAAAACUUGAAGAACCAGUGAAAUUUGAAUGUAGAAUUUUUCAAUUGCAAUGAAAUCCUUCAGAGGCUCAACGUUCCCUGCAGCUCUGUGCUCAGCCUGGCCUUAGAUGUGGUCUGAAGGAUAGGAAAAGACAGACCGUG